AUGGCGUUCUCUUCAAUUCGUGGCGUCAGCCGCACUGUUGUCGCUCUCUGUUCUCUCAUUGUCGCUUAUCAAAGCGAUCUUGUCACCUCUGAUGCACCGAAAUCCCAAGUUCUGACGUGCCUCGAAAAGGCUGCUAUUCAAAUGUCAACACCUUUGGCUGAAACUUGGUCCGUGGACACCGAAGCCUGGAACUCGCGUGUGAGUCCCGUACCUGCGGUUGUCGUCUUUCCAAAGACGGAGGAGCAAGUUUCAGCUGCUCUAAAGUGUGCUGCUGCUGCUGAUGUCAAAGUGACAACGCUUGGUGGCAACCGAUCAUUCUCGAGUUUGGGCUUUGGUCGUAACAAUAAUGCUCUUAUCAUGAAUUUAAAGUAUCUCAAGCACCUUAUCUACGACGAAAAGACGCAAUUGUUGUCAUAUGGAGGUCCCGUUACGAUCGCAGAUGCCGUAAAGUACAUGUGGACCAAAUGCGAGCGUACUGUCAACCACGGUCGUUGUCCAAAUGUCGGUAUGGCCGGUGUGGCUGCUUCGGGUUUUGGUACACUCUCUCGAGCGGGUGGUACCGUUUUAGACAGCAUCGUGUCAGUGCGUGCAGCUCUUGCGAACGGUACGAUUGUCAACGCCGACGCAAAAACAAACUCAGAUUUAUUUUGGGGAUGUCGUGGUGCUGCUAGCUCUCUGGCUGUAAUCUUAGACUUUAAGAUCAAGACAUUCAAGCCUCCAUCGAUGCUUGUGACAAACUACACGAUUGCUUUUGAUUCGAAGUACAAACCGACAGAGCAAGACAAUGUGGAUGCUUUGAUUGGGACGCAAACCUGGGCUUUAAGCAAGGACAACAACGAUUACUUGUCCAUUCGUUUCAGCCUCAAGACCAAGUCAGAUCUCAAGGGAUUUUUCUAUGGUCCUAGUGACAAGGCUGCACAGGUUCUUGGAUCACUUAUGAAGUACCUUCCAUCUUCAAUGGUACUUAAGACCACUGAAAACGAUUUUUGGACGUCCGAAGAAAUUAGCACACCUGGACUUGUCACUCAGAAGCCGGAUGAUCGCCGUUAUUUCUACAUCGUUUCCGUGACCAUCCCUCGUAAAACCCCAUUGACCAAUGCCACGGCUUGGGAGCUUUUCACCAACACUGCAUUUCUACCUAAGGAUCCAAUAGCUUCGACUUCGGGUUUCAUUGACAUCUGGGCCGGCUUAUACACUAAGUCUGUUAAGCCUGAUGACUCGGCUUGGAAACACGAUGACAAUCUUCUCCUAAUUCGCUGGGAUAUGCGUACAGAGUCUUUUGAUGUGCCUUUUCCCGAAAGCUCAAUCACUACUAUGCGUAACAACUUUUACAAAUUCGUGAAUGCUUAUAAGGCCUCGGGUGGUGAACCUGGUGGCUUCCCUACGUACCGUGAUGAUCGGUUGACGGUGGCCGAGAUGGCCAAAUUCCUGUAUGGCGGUGGCAACUUUAAAAAGCUGCAACAGAUCAAGACCAAGUAUGACCCGACAGAGUUGUUCAAUACCGACCCUCAGUCCAUUCCUGCCCUAAAAGCUUAA